AUGUUGACCAUCCGUCCGACUCUCCGCAAGGUCACCUCUCUCCUCCUCCACCUCAACGCCCCCCAGCGAGCACAUUCCACCUCCGUCUCUGCAGAUGAACUAUCUCACUUCUCCUCCCUCGCCAGCAGUUGGUGGGAUCCCAUGGGCCCCUUCCGGGUCCUCCAUCUCAUGAACCCCCUCCGCCAUGACUUCAUCGCAUCCUGUCUCUCUGACAGCCCCCCACCCCCCCUCACCAACACCGAAAACCCCACCCCACCCCCAGCCAACAACCUCCGCUACCUAGACGUCGGCUGCGGCGGCGGCAUCUUCGCCGAAUCGCUCGCACGCACGAUCCCCACGGACGCCAACAGCCCCUCCCAAACCAUCACCCAAGCAGCCUCAAUAACUGCCAUCGACCCAACCUCAGCCCUCAUCAAAGUUGCCCGCGGCCACGCGCGCACGGAUCCAAAAGUCGAGGCGCACCUCCGCUCCGGCAAAUUCACCUACAAGAACUGCACGCUGGAAGACCUACUCGCAACCAUGCACGAAACACCCGGGAAGCAAAAGUUCGACGUAGUCACGCUGUUCGAGGUGCUCGAGCACGUCGACUCCAACGCCGGCUCCUCGCCGCUCGCGUUCCUGACGAACUGUCUUCGGGUUCUGCGGCCGGGUGGGUGGCUGGUUGGGUCGACUAUUGCGCGGACUUUUCCGUCGUUCCUCGUGAACCAGGUUAUUGCCGAGGCGCCGUGGCCGAUUGGGGUUGUUCCGAAGGGGACACACGAGUGGAGCAAGUUUGUUAAUCCGGAUGAGCUUUAUGGGUGGGCUCAGGAGGGGUUGAUGCGGAGUCAGGAUGGGGUCGCGGUGCGUGGUGGUAGUGAUGCGUUACAGGGGAUGAGGUGGAAAUGUUCUGGGGUGAUGUAUUUCCCUGGUAUUGGGUGGAAGUUGGUUCCCGGGUCGGAGGAGUGGGGGAACUAUUUCUGGGCUAUUAGGAAGGGGGUUUGA